CCAAUAUUAGCCAUCAUCAAGAUUCGCUCACUUCUCGCUUGCUCUGCCGUUUUAUCUCUUUAUUCCAUUUUCUUGGGAAUAGAUCACCCAACUAAUAAUGCCUCACUUCCACACUACUUUAAUUAUUUUAAGCGCUUAAUCUUAAUCUUAUAAAGAUGUAUUAGACUUCUAGGAUAUCAAAUGAGAGCAUAUAAGAUAUACGCAUCAUUUUCAGGUACAGUUUACAGUUGAGAAAUGGAUAGAAGAGCGUUUGAUGAUAGAAGAAGAAUUGGGACAGUGAAGGCAGCCAUUAAUCUGUACGGAGAAAGAAUUCUUGAAGGUAGUUCUUCACUGAAGAAACCACUGAUGGAUUUACCUGAGAAGUCUUCUUCAAGAGCGAAAGAGCUGCACACUGCAAAGAGAGACAUGGCCAGAAAUAAACAGAGUAGAAGGGCUGCAUAUUCAGUGAAAAAACAAGCAGAAUCUGAGCUCUGGAAUGCAAAAAAGGCACUGAAAGAUCUUGCUUUCCAAACUGAGGAAUCAUCCUCCAAGGCAAGAGCAAGGAUGAGAGAUAUGGAAGCACUAAAGAAGUCAAGUAAGCGUGAAGAUAAGGCUUUGGCGGAUAGGAGUUUCUCAAGUCAUAAAUAUGAGGAAAUGAUGAGAGAAUUGGAACAUGUGAAUCAAGAAUUGAGUAAACUUAAGCUUGAUAUGACUUCUGUUUUGGAAGAGAAGACACGGGCUGAGAAGGAAAUUGAAGGCUCAUGUUCUAAAUUAAUGUCUAAUCUGAGCACUGCGGAAGCACUCAGGAAGGAGAUUGAGGAGGUAAAUGAGGAGCAAGUGCUAGUUGAGUUGGCGAGGAUUGAGGCAUUGAAAGAUUAUGGAGAAAUUGAGGCUCAAAGAAAGAAGGAAGCCAGCGAAUUCUCAUCUGAAAGGGAGACGACUAGAAACAAAACGAAAGAUGUUAUUGAGGAGAUUGAUCGCUCCAAGGAGCUUGGGUCUAAAUUGGCUGGUACAUUAUCAGAGGUAAAUGUGCUACAGAAUGAGCUAAAGCUUGUUAAAUAUAUAGAGAAAAAGGUACUGACAAAUGAUACCUUGAAGCAUUCAGGAGUUAGCUUCCGAAAAAUCGAAAAUUUGGAGGAUUCAAUUUCGUUGAGGUCGAUCACGGAAGAAUUGGAGGCGGCAAAGAAAGAAUUGGCUUCAAUUAGAGAAGAGGGUUUUCAGUUCAUGUCCUCAAUGGACGUCAUAAGGAGUGAGCUCAAACAUGUAAUGGAAGAAACUUUUGUGUUGAAGAAAACAGAACAGAAGGCAGAUUUAACAGUUCAAAAUCUGAAUUCAAAGCUUCUCAGAGCGAAAUCUAAACUGGAAGCUGUAACUGCAGCUGAGGCAAAAGCUAAAUCAAUGGUCUCCAAUCUGUCUUUCACUCUUGAACAGUUAAAGACACAAGCAGAGGUGGCAAAGAAAGAGAAGGAGCUUGUUAGUACAGAAACAGCUAAUAUCAAAGUGGAAAUCCAGAAAACUGUGUCUGAGAUAGACAAAACCGAAGAAAGAUUGCCGACUGCAAUGCAAGAACUUGAGGCAGAAAAAGCAUCGGAAGCUUUUGCUCUUCAGAAUCUGCAAAAUCUUAUUGAGAAUACCAUGAGAGCCAGAGCUUCUGCUUCUCAACAAAGUUCCUCAAUUACCAUCUCAAAGUUCGAAUACGAGUACUUAACUGGACGAGCAGCAAGGGCUGAAGAAAUUGCAGAUAAAAAGGUAGCAGCAGCUCAAGCAUGGGUGGAAGCAUUGAAAGCCAAUGAGAAGGAGAUACUGAUGAAAAUUGAAAUAGCUCAUAGAGAAAUCCGAACGACUAGGGUGGAAGAAGAGCAGCAGGCAUAUAGAACUGAGACGUCACUUUCUGGAAAGAGAGUAGCGGAAGGAGAAAUCGGAAACUGGAGAAACAAGCAUGAGAAAAACACGCAAGCUGAGAACUUGGAAAGACCAUUGCAGAGAAAAUCCAUGAAAAGUAAUGGGAAUUUGACUCCAAGAAAGUCCAUAAAAUGUAAUGGUAACUAGACUCCUCCUAAACGUGGCAAGGUUCGAAAUUCUGCUUCUUCAACAGUCCGAAUGACUCCAGGAUCAACUUCUUUCAUUAUCAGGAAGAAUAAAAAAAGUGAUGCCAAAUUUAACCAAGUUUUAUAGUGGCAAGAAAAUUGGCGAGCAUCCAUGAGAGCUUAACUAUGCUUGAUGUUUAAGGUCCUUAGAAAUAGCAUUGAGAUUCAGUUGGAAAAAGAAUUGCUGCAUAGAUUGAGUGUUCCAAGCUAACAGUUUCCCUUAUUGUUUUUGUAAUUGGUGCUUUGUCUUCCGAGUUUCAACAGUAUUACUUUCAUGCGCUUGCUUAGUUGCUUGGACCUCCAGGUUGAGGGCGUGAGGCAUUCAUGUACGGUAAACUGCAACCUGUGAACGAGUCAUUUUCUCAAUUUUAAGCAUUAGACAUAUGAAAAUGUAAGGAGAAAAGGGUCAACCCCUGACGAGUUGUGCGAAUUUUCUUAAUAUCAUUAAUUUUUGUUUGCCAAGGGCUUUA